GAACCGUGUGUGGCGCACUUUUGCCCUGGGUCUCGUGCCGCCAGAUAUGAGCUGAAGAAAGUGCCCUGGUAGCCUUAUCUUGUACUACCACCCCGCAGUCCAGACGGGUUGUUCUUGCGCAGAAACCUCAUCCCCCCCAUGAUAGUUUACCCAGCGCAGUUGGGUAUAACUGUCUCAACCAUGACUCGUUCGCAUCUCAACCUACCAACGUUUCUCCUUUCGUCGUGUGCCGUCUUCCUCGCCAUACCACUUGCAAAAGCUCAAAUCGGCACCGUCGCCCAAAACAUCAACACAAUUUCUGCAUAUGCUAUCCAAAAGGUUUGCGCACAAGGUUGCUUCCAAGACGAAUCAAACGACUUCUGUCCUAAUGACUACCUCGGAGAGAAGAUCCAAUGCGCGACCCAUACCGACUGUAACGCAAACAACUACCUCGCAACCAACGACUGCUACUGUCGAUCGGAUCUGCAAGCGGUAGCGCAAGUGUAUCUCACCAGCUGUGUGAAGCGCAAGUGCUCAGUGGGCGAUGUCGCUAUCGAUGCAUCGACCGCAGGCAGCAUAUACUCUCAGUACUGCAAAGAGAAAGGCUACGUCGCUGCGGCUCUACCAGCAACGGUAUCUGCUACCGCGACAACGACGGGAGGGGUCGUUUCUGUACCUACGGCGACUUCAGGUUCGACGUCAGGUUCAAGCGGCUCUUCUGGAUUGGCUGGCCUCUCUACCACGACUAUCGUCGGAAUCGUCGUCGGAAGUGUAGUUGGGUUGUUUUUACUCUCGUACCUCUUGAAAACCAUCCGAGAAUGCUUCAACCGCAAAACCCAACCACCCUCUACACCCGACCAUAAGGCCGUAUUUCCUCCGACCCACUAUCAGGAACAUUGGGUUCCGUUGCGGGGAGUGGGAUCAGAGAUUGGACCGAAUGAUUCAAUCUCUAUGGUCUCGGGCCCGGCGAGACCUCUUCCUUCGCUUGUGUCAGGAACAGGGUAUCCUCAGGGCAGGUGGUAAAGUCCGUUAUGUUACAUGGGUUGGUUUCUACGGUCUUCCAAUCUAUGAACCUAGCAAUGACGUUCAGUAUAUGUGUUGUAGAGUGCUAAGCUGGAAGGUUUUUGGAUGAUACCACGGAUGUUACGAUGGGUGAUGGGUCGACAGUGCAUAUCGAGAGACGAUACAUCAAUAUGUUAUGAUUAGACGCUAUAUUUUAAAAAACUUGGUACAAUCGUGGUUCACAGCAAAUGUCAUGGCCUAUAUCGAAGAAAGUAGUAAUAGGCAUAAGAAAGUGAACUAUCCUUCUGUCGUGAGGAUCUUCAGUCCU